AAGGCAAACUUGCAGUGUAGUAUGAAUGAAGGCUGUCAGUGUGGAUGACAGAGCUCAGGAAGUUUAACAGACAUACUGAACAUGUGGAGAACAGGUAUAUGGUGACAGCUCAUCGUUGAGUCAACACCGCUUCUAACGUCAGCCAAGUGCAGCUUGCCUUCCUCGCCAGGUUAUCAAUAUGGCCUCAUGGAUUAUUCACAUGACUGUGUUGGUGCUAUCUCUCUUCAUCAGCAGUGGCAAGGGGAAGAGGGACAAGGUGCUCUAUUGUUCCGCAUGCAAAGCAAUUGUGGAUGAACUGAACUACUCGAUCAGUCAAGUGGACCCAAAGAAAACCAUCAAUGUGGGCAGCUUUAGACUCAACCCUGAUGGAACCAUGAAAGACAAAAAGGUACCUCUUGUUCGCUCAGAGACUUACCUCAGUGAGCUCCUGGAGGGGGUGUGCAGCAGCAUGAGCGAUUAUGCCCUCCAUGUGGACCCCGACACUCAGCAUAAACAGUAUAAGAGGUUUGCACCCAGGAGCAGUGGGGCCACUGGGGACUUCCCCGACUUUAAAAACUUCCAGUUCGACGGACCCGAGGCAUCCAACACCCUGAAAUUCGCAUGUGAAACAAUCGUGGAGGAGCUGGAGGAUGAUAUCAUCUCUCUGUUCAGUCAGGACCUAGAGCAUGUGCACGAGGAGUUAUGCAACAGUGUCUCAGACUACUGUAGAGGCAGCAGUCCCACAAACGAGGAGCUGUAGUGUAUAUUUUCGGUGGAUAAGGUGGGAUCAGCUUUGUCACAGACAUUACAAAGAAGAGAAUUUUAACAAUAUCAAUUUUUGACAAAUGGUUGACAAUCUUUUUGAACAAAUAAAAGAAGAAAUUUUGACAAAUCAUAA